AUGAGCAUGCUGCGCCGCGAGUUCGGCAUUGCCGAGCCCAUCCGCCGCGGCAUGGAAGUCAAGAUCUGUCAAGAAGGAGAGUGGAGGCCCGCGGUCCUUGGAUACAAGGGCGAAGGCGUGCACGAGGAGAUUUUGAGUGGAAGGGACAGCAGUGUUGAUUGGGAGGAUGUGUUUAAUGGUGAGUUUUUCUCGUGCAAGGGCGUGGGAAGGCGAGAUGAACAGAGGGAAAUGCUAAUGAUGAUGGUACAGNGCAACGAGACACAGAAUGCGCCCGACUUCCACUCGGAGAUGGAGAACAGACUCAAGAUGAACUGGUAA